AUGUCAUCAAAUGGUGAAAGAUCCAGGACUCGGGACGGGGGCUACAGUGAGGUCCCGAGGGACUCGCCCUAUCAAGAUGGCACCCUAAGAACCCUCCAGACUCUUCACGACAGUGAGCUGGCUGUGAGCGCAGAUCCCUUGCCACCUCCCCCUCUCCCAUUACAGCCUCCCUUCGGCCCAGACUUCUCCUCAGGUGACACAGAGGAACCAGCCAUCGCACCGGAUCUCAAACCUGUCAGGCGCUUUGUCCCCGACUCCUGGAAGAACUUCUUCCGAGGGAAGAAAAAGGACCCCGAGUGGGAUAAGUCGGACAUCAGAUACAUCUCGGAUGGCGUGGAGUGUUCCCCUCCCGCCUCCCCAGGAAGAACGAGGCGCCAUUCGCCCCGCGCGGGCACAGAGCCCUCGGGAGAGUGGGAAGACACGUUGAGCGGGAUGUCGCCCCCGGGCCACGAUCUCGAGCGCGACCCGUCGUGGUCCCCCACGGCGCGCACCUACAGUGAGAAGGUGGAGGAGUACCAGCUGCGCUACGCCUACAUGAAGUCCUGGGCCGGCCUGCUGCGCAUCCUGGGCGUGGCGCAGCUGCUGCUGGGCGCGGGGGUCUUCGCCUGUGUCACCGCCUACAUCCACAAGGACAGCGAGUGGUACAACCUGUUCGGCUACUCCCAGCCCUACGGCGUGGCGGGCGUGGGCAGCCUGGGCAGCACCUACGGGGGCUACUACUACAGCGGCCCCAAGACCCCCUUUGUGCUCGUGGUGGCGGGGUUAGCGUGGGUGGUCACCAUCAUCCUUCUGGUCCUUGGCAUGUCCAUGUACUACCGGACCAUUCUUCUGGACUCGAAUUGGUGGCCCCUUACUGAGUUUGGAAUUAACGUCGCCUUGUUCAUCUUGUACAUGGCCGCAGCCAUAGUCUAUGUGAACGACACCAACCGAGGUGGGCUGUGCUACUAUCCUCUAUUUAACACGCCCAUGAAUGCAGUGUUCUGCCGGGUAGAAGGAGGACAGAUAGCGGCCAUGAUCUUCCUGUUCGUCACCAUGAUCCUCUAUCUCAUCAGCGCCCUGGUGUGCCUCAAGCUGUGGAGACACGAGGCAGCUCGCAGGCACAGGGAAUAUAUGGAGCAGCAGGAGAUAAAUGAAUCAUCAUUGCCAUCCAAAAGGAAAAUGUGCGAAGUGGCCACCAGUGACAGACAGAGAGACCCAGAAGUUAAUUUCCAAGAAUUGAGAACAACAAAAAUGAAAACCGAACUGCUGAGUGGCCACAUCCCCGCUGGUCACAUCCCCAAACCCAUCGUGAUGCCCGACUACGUGGCAAAAUACCCCGUGAUCCAGACAAAUGACGAGAGGGAACGCUACAAAGCUGUGUUCCAGGACCAGUUCUCCGAAUACAAGGAGCUGUCUGCCGAGGUGCAGGCCGUGCUGCGCAAGCUGGGCGAGCUGGACGCCGUGAUGAGCAGGUUGCCACAGCACUCGGAGAGCCGCCAGGAACAUGAGAGAAUCUCAAGAAUCCAUGAAGAGUUUAACAAAAAGAAAAAUGACCCUUCAUUUCUGGAGAAGAAAGAACGCUGCGAUUACCUCAAGAACAAGCUUUCCCACAUAAAGCAAAGAAUUCAGGAAUAUGAUAAGAUAAUGAACUGGGACGUGCAAGGUUAUUCGUAGCCUCAUCUGAAACUACUUUUU